CAAUACUACUGCAGUGUUAUAGAAAAACGUGUUUACCCUUGGUUAUGUACGGUUUAAGAUAAAUUUAAAGUAUCGUUGAAAGGCUCACAGGAAGACAUGCUCAUAAUAUUAUUGUUCACUAUUCAGCCUUUGCAUUUAAUAACCAUCACUAGCUGAUCAAGUUGUAACUUAUAGACGUGGAUUUGGAAUGAAAAUCGAAAUGUGAGUUCUAAGGUACCCACAAAAAGGCCUUUGAGAUCAAGGACUACAUCAUCGUACAGAAAAAGUUUGCAACAUUCAACCGCAACAAUGUAUUUACAACUAUUUGCUGACUUUCUCAGCAUCAUCACAAUACUGAUGUGUUUAGUGCAGAAGAUUCCGCAAAUAAUGAAUUUAUAUAAGUUAAAGACAGCUGCAGGAAUCUCGCUUCUAGGAUUGUUCUUGGAACUUACAAGCUACACAGUGAUGACCAGCUACAAUUAUACGAACGAAUAUUCAUUCCUGUCGUAUUUGGAGUAUCCGGUUCUGCUGCUACAGGACCUCAUUAUCAUAUAUCUGGUUCUAUUGUACUUGGAUCUAAUCAGCCCGAGCUCAUUUUUACUAGCUGCUUUAUACUUCUUUAUUUUCGGCUGUUUUUUAUUCCAAAUCGUACCGAAGACUGCUUUAACGAUUCUAGCGCCGAUGUGUACGCCGAUUUCCGCUUCCAGUAAAAUAGCACAAUUGGCAGCGAUAUUGCGGGCGAAAAAUAGCGAAUCCAUCUCUGUUCUAACCUGGGUUAUUUCAACAUUGACUAAUCUUACAAGGGUUUUUACAAUUUGGAUGGACUCGGCCGAUCUUCUUUUACUGAGCAACUUCAUCAUCUCCGUAUCGCUAAGCGGCAGCAUUAUGCUCUCUGCUAUUUAUUACAGGCGAUCAACCGUAAAGCAUGAUUAGUUUAUUUUUUUAACUUCGAACAUUACUAACUGUGGUAACAAACCGUCUCACAGUUUUAAGACUUGCCGAUUACAACGUACGACUAGAAGUGAAAUUUCUGUACUUAAUAUACAGUAAUCUUAGUAUCACUUACACGUGAUGUGUCCGUUUUACGAAAACGUAAAUUCAUCGAUACUUCGGGAUGAUUAAUUUAUUUUUUAUUGCAUUUUUACGUGUUCACUUACGCAUGUAUCAGAUAUUAUUAAUUGUUUGUCUAUCGUAUUAUUUAUCCUUCAUUUUAUAUUUACUUUUGAUUUCGCGUUACGUAUUAAUAUUGCAGAAUUGCUCAUCGAAGAAUGCAGAAUUUUUGAAAAAAAACUAGUUUUGCAUCACAAAAUAAUAUUUAAAUGAAAAUAAAAGAUAUUGUGUUGAUCGGACAUUAUAUUAUACAUGUAUAAUUGUCCGUAAGCGACGUAAUUUCAAUUUAUUUUAGUAUGCUAACUUUAUACUAAAAGUACUUGAAUCUCUGAAUUUAAUUGUUAGUCUUUACCCAAUGUUCAAAAAUGUAAAUCUAUAUAAUAAAACGCAAUGUUUUAAUGUGUAUCGAUACGAGUAACCAAAAUAA